AUGAGCAAUACUCUGAUACAUCGAUAUUGACGGUAUAUACCUGUCGUCGGAGAUUUGUACAUGUUACGGGUGGAUAUUGGUCAAAGUUGUGUUCCAUUCCAGUUGGAUUAAUAGCGAGCAUUUUCCUUCCGGGUGGAUUUGUAGCGAGAUAGUGUUUUGAUAGGACAAUGACGGAUACAGUCCUGACGGAGCCGGCCAGUUCCGGGGGUCGCUGGAAUUUACUGCAGUUUUCACUAGUAUGUUGUUUUACGGUCGGGAUACAUGGAACUACAAGUCUCCCUCACUUCUCCUUCAUACACACAGAGGUGUUCCUGAUCGCUUACUACGUGUUGUUGAUCCUCAUUUGCAUACCAGUCUGCUACGUACAGAUCAAGUUAGGCGCCAUCUACCGGCGGGGUAUUGUAGGAAUCUUCAGCCAUCUUGUUCCUAUUCUCAAAGGUUCAGCGGUGGCCAUAUUGUUGAUGACGUAUAUCCGGUCCCUGGUGAACGGCCUUGAACUCAGCUAUAACCUCUACUACAUGUUCGCGGCAUUCCAGAAUGAAUCUCUUGGUUUAAAAGAUUCUGAUCCAAACUAUGCUUCGAUACUUUUCCAUGAACGGUUUCUACAGCGGUCCCAACACAUAGGCGAGGGUGGUUACUUGGUCUGGUAUAUCGCCCUCUGUCUCCUGGCUACGUGGAUAGUUACCUAUCUAAUGACAUUUAAAGGUUUCCAGGGGCUGGGCAAGAUUGUGUACGGAUUGGUCCCGGUCGGUCUCGUUUUGGCCUUUGUCGUUUUCAUGUACGCGUUCAUCGCCGGACCACAUGAACUGAACGUCCCGCCAGAAUUCCGUCAUUACCGCCUGGUCAAGUCUAAGGCCAAUAACAGUGACGUCAUAUUGGAGGUGGAUCCUAAUGAGAACAGAGCUUUGUCAGAUCUAGCUAAUCCAAAGCCCUGGGUGAGCGCCCUGUUGAUCCACAUGAGCAGUGUAGGACUGUGGGCCGGGAUCCUUCCCUCCCUGGGAGCUCAGCUCUACAACAGCAAGAAGGUGAUCAACGCGUCCUGGAUCAUUCUGUUAGCGAUCUACGGUACACUUCCGGUCCUUGUCAUGUUGGCAUUUGACCAGUUCUUCCAGGCGGCCAGUGACUCUGGCUUCAUAGCGGUGGCCAAUGGGGUCAAACCAGGACUUUCACACCUACUGGUGGGGAUGUACGCCAAACUGCGCCACCUACCGUUCGUUGCGUUCAGUGUUUACCUGAUCUCCUUCCUGUUCGGGAUAGUCCAUCAGGCCGUUCAUCUCGUGACGAUCUGGGAGACACUACUUCCGGUCAUUCCACUCCCAGUGAUGAGGAUCGUCAGACGGAGGGAGUGUCUUGUCGCCAUCGCCUGCGGUGUAUCCCUGCUUAUUAGUCUACCAUUUGCAUCACAGGCUGGUAUUUUUAUCUAUAUGGUCGUCAAUAGUUACGUAGACCGUCUCAUCUUCACCGUCAUCAUCAUCAGCAUGGUCCCAUUCAUCACAGGCUAUAUCAAGCAGGAGUGUCUGUACUUGCCGGUAGAGCGCGCUUGUAUGAGUCUGUGGUAUGGACUGUCUUCUCUUGUUCCCUCGGCCAUGCUGAUUUACUACUUCGCGGUGUAUGUGUACCCUUUCCCCGUGGUGGGAUACGACCAGAGAGAAGCCGAGACAGUGGGUUGGUGUAUCGCCGCCUCGCCUAUUAUACUGGGACUGAUAUUCGGGGCGAUUCAUGCAGUCUUCAACGAGAAGGGGACUCUACGACAGCGUCUUAUCCAGGCUCUAAAGACCGACAGUUUGCGGACGACGGACAGCACGAAUGAUUAUGACAUAUCGGACACCACACAUACUGGUCUACAGUCCUCAAAGCCCGCCAGCCACUGCAACACGCUGGACAAAACGGAAACGGAAGUGGUGAUGAAAGCUCCGGACGACUCGGACAUCGCAAAGAUCUAAAUUUAGAUUCAUGGAAUUGUCUGUGAAAUUUGGCAAUAAGCUCUUUUGCUUUGCGCUGAGAAUGAAUACACGGUGUGCAAAUGGCGACAUUUUCGUAUGAAAACAGUGACUGCAGUACACCAUCAAUGGCGCCUAUCACGUGAUUUUUUAAUUAGUUUGUGCAUAUUGGGAAAGUGGAGGGGAAGCAAGUUGGCUUGAGAAUAAUUUAUUGUGAUGACGAUUCAUUUUACUCAAAACACAUUUUUAAAAUAUUAUUUGGUACGUAGUACCAGUUAAUCAACAAACUUCUUUUGGCUUCAGUAUCUGUCUCCGCCAUGACGAUUGAACCGAGAGCUUUUUGGUACAAUAGAAUAUAGCACCAUUUCUGAUAAACGGGGUUUGGGGAAACACGGACAGUUUCGUCGCUGGUUACUUGGCGAAAGUGCACGGAGUAGCGCAGUUUGUUACGACUGUGUUUGGAAGUGGUGUCCCCUGCAGUUAAUUGGCGACGUUCUUCGUUCAAAAAGUCAUCGGAAAAAAGUGAAAUAAUUUCGAAAUUACCAACUCUGUUUUGGCGUUUAUCACAGAAACAUGUUACUUCAAAACAUAAGCGCGCGUGUCAGGGGUGAGGGUGUAUUUAUUUAUUUAUUUUUCUUUCGCUCUCUUUUUACACACAGUUUCAGGUUUUUGAUUCGUGCUAUCGUUUGCUUGUACAAAUAGCAUUGUUGGUGCUGUCCUCAAAAUGACUUCCUUAUUGCCAAUGCUGAGUCCAGACCGUAGUCUUAUUACAACGGCUGGCACGUUACAUUCCAUCUGUCAGAGAGAAAGAGAGAGUGUGGAGAGGAAGGGAUUGAUUAAAUCUAAUUUCCAUCAAACAUUAUGAUUAAAUCAUGUUAUUAAAUCAAAAAAAUGCAGAUGGAGUCGUCAUGACUUUCACUGUAAAUAUAGAAA